UCCCUGAACAAAACAAAACACAAUUGUUUAGGUUUCGUCGUCGUCGUCGUCGUCGUCCUCGUCGUCGUCCUCAUCAACAAUUGAACCAAAUCCAUAUCUCGGGGGCGACGAAUUCAGAUCGGAGAUCUCAACUGAGAUCGCCGGUGAUUGGAAUUAGGGAUUUCGAAGAUGACUCAACCUAUAUGUUCAUCGUCACAAGAUCAAUCAUCUUCUUCUCCUCGCUCAUUGAUCCCUCCACGCAAAUCAGUUGCGAAUUUACACCGUCGCAGGGGGAAGAGUGUUUUCAACAUGCUGGUUCAGAGGGAAAUGUCACCAAAGGAAAAGUUUGUGCCAAGGAAACGUUGGGGUAGAAGUAGAUGGUAUACUGAUCCUUCUUCAUGUGGAAACAACAUCGAACAUAUGGGAGAGACAGGACAAAGUCUUACUUCAUGGGUUGAGGCAGAGUCAUUGCAGCAUUUAUCUGCAAAGUAUUGUCCUCUUGGUCCUCCUCCAAGGUCAACUAUUGCAGCGGCUUUUAGUACUGAUGGAAGAACUCUUGCUUCUACACAUGGUGAUCAUACUGUAAAGAUUAUUGAUUGUGAAACUGGAAAGUGUUUAAAAGUUCUGACCGGCCAUCGAAGGACUCCUUGGGUGGUCAGAUUCCACCCUCGUCAUUCAGAAAUAGUUGCUAGUGGAAGUUUAGAUCUCGAGGUCCGCUUAUGGAACACCACAACUUCUGAAUGUAUUAGGUCUCAUGCAUUUUGUAAGAAUCGGCCUAUUGCUUCUAUCGCUUUCCAUGCUGAGGGGGAACUACUUGCUGUUGCUUCUGGUCAUAAGCUGCAUAUGUGGCGCUACAAUAGGAGAGGAGUGGAAUCAUCACCAACCGUUGUAUUGAAGACGAGGCGCUCUCUGAGAGCUGUACACUUUCACCCUCAUGGGGCACCAUUUCUCUUAACUGCAGAGUGGCAGGUGAAUGAAAUUGAUUCAUUAGAUUCUUCAAUGUCUAGAGCAACAUCUAUGGGUUUCUUAAGGUAUCCGCCCCCGGCUAUCUUGUUCACAAGCACAGAAAGCAAUCAAACUAGUUUGGCAGCAGAACUACCUCUUGUGCCUCUUCCUCACAUGUCCGUGCCUACAACUUCUGGAGAGGAUCAAAGGAUUGGUCAAUACUCUACUGGAAAUAGAGGUCCUUCUGUUUCAAAUAGUGUUCCAGGAAAUUCUCCUGCAGUUGAUGGUAUGAAUGUAGAUGAAGCUCGACUUGUUGGAAGAAAUGGAAUUCCUAGCCAAGUUUCGAAUCGAUCAGAUUUCCCUGAGCUUGGACAGAUUCAGCAAUUAUUUCAGUUCAGGGAUCGAGUUUCCUGGGAGUUACCUUUUUUACAAGGAUGGUUGAUGGCUCAAGGUCAUGGUGUUGCUAAUUCAGUGGUUCCUCCCACUGGCGGUAGUAAUCAUGGUAUCUCAGCUCCAUCUUCAACAUCUCGUUUAUCAACAACCAGUCUAGAGGCUGCAGUAGCGUUAUUAGAAAUCCCGAGUAAUGUUAACUUACAUGCGGUUUCUGGAAGAGGCGGAGCCCAGGAACAACCUUCACAACCCCAAUUCUCGGUAUCUGGAUUACCAGAAGGUGUGUCUUCUCGUAACAAUCAACAUGGAAGUGAUGCUCAACCUGUCGUGAACAGGGUCCAGUCUGAGCUUGCUACCUCAAUUGCUGCUUCGGCUGCAGCAGCAGCUGCCGCGGAAUUACCUUGUACUGUCAAACUCAGAGUGUGGCCGCAUGACAUCAAAGACCCAUAUGCGCAACUGAAAUCGGAAAAAUGUCUAUUUACAAUACCGCAUGCCGUCCUUUGCAGUGAAAUGGGAGCUCAUUUUUCGCCAUGCGGGAGAUAUUUAGCAGCCUGUGUUGCAUGUGUUUUUCAUCAUACUGAUAUAGAUCCUGGACUGCAGACACAAGCGCAACAAGAGUCAGGGCUUGCAACUUCCCCAACUCGACACCCUGUGACAGCACACCAAGUCAUUUACGAGCUUCGUGUGUAUUCUCUCCAGAAAGAAAGUUUUGGUUCAGUACUUGUGUCACGGGCAAUUAGAGCUGCACAUUGCUUGACCUCUAUCCAGUUCUCACCCACCUCGGAGCAUAUACUGCUUGCCUAUGGGCGGCGUCAUGGUUCUCUAUUGAAGAGCAUAGUUAGUGAUGGUGAAGCAACAUCACAUUUUUUCACAGUAUUGGAGAUAUACAGAGUUUCAGAUAUGGAGCUUGUGAGAGUACUGCCAAGUUCAGAGGAUGAAGUGAACGUUGCUUGUUUUCAUCCAUCUCCUGGAGGAGGUCUUGUUUAUGGGACAAAGGAGGGGAAACUUAGGAUAUUCCAGUACAAUACAGCUGCAACCUCUAACUUUACUGGACCAACCUGAGGAAACGAAGUUGUCCGAGGUAGCGUAGAAUUAUAGUAAAGAAGGUGCAUUAAAGUGGUAGCAAGCAAGAAGCAAACAUAGGUUUCAAUUCCAUCAUCAAAUCCACUCCUCUUCACUCUCUCUUGUUUUAAAGGUAAAAGACUGCAGACAGAACAAAAGAAAAAAUGUAAAAAGAAACAAAGGAAUUGGUUUAGUUUUGGUUGUAAGUUUGUAACAACGGCACAAUUUAUCUACAGAUUAACAAAAGGAGUCUUCUUUUUAAGUAAUCAGUGUUAAUGUUAGGGUAUUAUCAUUCUG